CGGGCCAAGCCUAGAAAUACUCCUGAAUAUUGAAGUGCUUACCAAUGAUAGUAAUAGUGAAAGUAGUGCGGAUAAUCUAAUUUACAACAUAAGUGAUCUCGAAGAACUUAUAGCCCUCAAAUUUAGAGAAUAUGAAGAACUAGAAACCAACGUUAGUUUUUCAGUAAUCAUAGAAAUUGAAAAUGAAAUGGUGGAUCAAGAAAUUAUGUCUUUGGAACCUGGUAAAGAUAUAGAAAAUAAAAAAUUUCGUACUAUAACAAAAACAUUGCUUAUACCUAUUCAAGAAGGAUCCAGAUACUAUUAG